AUGGAAGGAAGACUAAGAAAUUUGGCUGGCUUAGUGGCUGCCACAGGAUUAAGUCCUUUGAUCGCAUGUUCGUUGGACACUGUUGAUCGGAGACUUAUGUUAGUAUUUGAAAAGUGGUGGCAUAAGGAAACUAGUAGUUUCCAUCUUCCUGUAGGAGAGGUGACUAUCACCCUCGACGAUGUGGCAUCGUUGCUACAUUUGUCGAUUAUAGGGGCCUUCCGCAACUUCGAUUCUCUUCAUGUUGACGAAGCCGUCUUACUAUUAGUUGAAUUACUUGAAGUUAGUUUAGAAGAAGCAAGAGCUGAAACAUGUUGGAUCUACGAGCACUUUCCUUUUGUUUCUUCUUCUAUUGUUGCCAAAGAUUAUCAUGAAAGGAAACCAUGUGGCUACUACUGGAAGUCUAGGAAGGCAUUACUUGUGUCGAUGUCCAAGCAUUUGGAUAGAUUGACGUCUGAUGUUGUGUGUUGGAUUCCCUAUGGUGACCACCGAGAAUUCAAAGAGUUUGAGAUUAUCUCUUUAUUUUUCGGACAUAUUAGAUGA